AUGGGUUUCCCCAGUGGUAACAUCAAAUUCCCAGAGAUUGUAUUGUUACUUACCUCUCAAUACAAUCUAUUAGGUCAUAUCAAGGCCAUUGUCAUAGCAGUUCUUUCUCAACUUCCAUUGCUUGGCAAAGUCUAUCCAUUUGGACGUGGUCGCCAUGAUAACCAGGCGGAGAAUCGCCCAUCUCCUUCUUUAGUUCCAGUCCCUGUCUUUUUCAUGGUCCAGUCUGUGAAAAACCAGCUUCCUGUCAUGCAAUAUAGUUGUUUUGUCAGCAGAAGAUCAGGAGCUUGUGAUACCGACGACCCUACCUGCAUUGUUUGCAUGAAUUGCAUUGAGAGAAGCCACGAGGUCAUAGAGCUUAGCAGUUGUAACCACGUGUUUCACAGAGAUUGCCUAGGUUGUUGGAUCGAUCAUGGCAACAUUACAUGCCCCCUUUGCAAAUCCAAGCUGUUGCCAGCUCAGGGAAACAAUUCAAGACUAGGAAGCGAUCCAUGGAGGAGGGAAAGGAUGAUUUACCUGUUCGGCGAAGAUGAAAUGAUGGGCACAUGGUUAUUAUGA